UUGGCUCUCUCUCACUCAUUUAUUCCCUGUCAAAGCGCAUCAUAUGGCCGCUCUUCCACUAACUUUUCUAGCCUGCCGCUGAAAGUAGCUCAAAGACAAUUCUGCAGUGCACUGGAUGUGAAAAUCACCCCGAGAGGAAGUUAGAAUAAAACAAAAGGGAGACGAGCUGCCGCAAAGUUCCCAUCCAUCAUCCUCUGUUUGGAUUGCACCCGUCUCCUGUUCGAGUGGCCUCUUUUGUUAUUAGGAGGUUCUACGCGUGUGCGCCUGCCAGCGAACGGGGACGUGUGAAUGUUUCUGUGUGUGAGCUGAGUAAGUUAAAGCCGGGUGAAUGUAUAGCAUGAUGAUGGAGACGGACUUGCAUUCUCCAGGAGCCCAGACUAACACUAACACGGGCCACACGGGACCCAACAGCAAAGUUAACCAAGACCGCGUCAAGAGACCUAUGAACGCGUUCAUGGUGUGGUCUCGGGGUCAGCGCAGAAAAAUGGCUCAGGAGAAUCCAAAGAUGCACAACUCGGAGAUCAGCAAGCGCCUCGGAGCGGAGUGGAAAGUCAUGACUGAGGCGGAAAAGCGACCCUUCAUUGACGAGGCGAAAAGACUGCGCGCCAUGCACAUGAAGGAGCAUCCGGAUUACAAGUACCGACCCCGGAGGAAGACCAAGACGCUGCUCAAGAAGGACAAGUACUCUUUGGCGGGUGGCCUGCUCGCUGGAUCAGGGGGCGGAGGCGGCAUGGGGCUGGGGAUGGGGAUGGGUGCAGCGGGGGUCGGCCAGAGGUUAGACAGUCCGGUGGGUCACGGUGGCAGCACCGCGGCGAGCUACGCGCACAUGAACGGCUGGACCAACGGCGCGUACUCAGGCCAGGUGGCGGCUGCCGCGGCUGCUGCCGCAAUGAUGCAGGAGGCUCAGCUCGCCUACAGUCAGCACCCAGGCAGCGGAGCGCAUCACCACCACGGGCACCACCACCAUCCCCACAACCCCCAGCCUAUGCACCGCUACGAAAUGACGGCUCUCCAGUACAGCCCCAUCUCAAACUCUCAGAGCUACAUGAGCGCCUCGCCGUCAGGCUAUGGGGGAAUAUCCUACGCGCAACAUCAAAACUCCAGCGUGGCUUCAUCUGGGGCCAUCGGCGCGCUGGGCUCGCUGGUCAAAUCGGAGCCGAGCGUAAGCCCUCCCGUUACCGCUCACGCUCGAGCCCCUUGUCCCGGAGACUUGCGCGAGAUGAUAAGCAUGUAUUUACCGACGCCGGAGGGAGGGGACCCGUCCGUUCAGAGCAGACUUCACGCUGUACCGCAGCACUAUCAAAGCUCCACGACGAGCGUAAACGGAACCGUUCCACUGACACACAUAUGAAACGAUUCGCAUACGCAUUCAGACUCAAAUAACCAAAUAUGUACCUCUUUUAGAGCAUAACUACCUUUUUUUUGUACAGAAUGUCUGUUCUUGUAAAUUUGAAGGUGAUUUUAUUUAAAUAUAGGCUAAUACUUAAACUGAAGGGUGUCCUCGGGAUGUUGUCUGAAUAAUUUGUCCGGAAUGACACCAUAUGCGUGAGCUUUACACAUUUGCGAGGGAUUAAUUAUUCUUUUGUGAGUGAGUGUGUGUGUGUGUGUGUGUGAGAGAGUGAGAGAGAGAGAGAGAGAGAGAGAGAGAGAGAGAGAUGGUGGGCUACUAUGUUUUUAAAAAAGAGUGGUUGCAACAGUGAAUAGUCUAAAUACAAUGUUUUUAAAGUUUUCUAAGAUUUUUCUCUAUCACACUUUGAUUUGUCAACACGUGAGUUACUGUAUUUGCUCUAUUCCUUAUUUGUUUGUUGUAUUUUUUCCCUUGUACAUUGUGAAUAUAUUACAGAGAAGAUUGAUACACAUCUGUAAAUAUGAUUCGGAUUUGCCAGGAAAAAAAGAGGAAACUUUUUGCGUUGAUGUGAGAAGAAUAAAUUUGCUUUUGCUCUGAUUCUGAAAAGUUA